GAAUGGAUAAAUGUGAGUGUAUUAGGGAGACCUGGUUCACACGCCAAUGCUGUAGGUGGCGGUAAUGCACCUUUACGUUGAGUGCUACCCGCCAAAAAAAGAAGCACCACAGUGCAUUGUGGGCUUGUGGGGGGGAAACUGGAAGGUUUGUUGACACCGGCUGCGUGCUCAACGCUGCCCUUGUUUUUGUUGUUGUGUUGUAACAAGUGAAAAACAUGGUGCAAACGUGUUGUGUUAUCAACUGCCACAAUCGUUCACGCGAUCGCUUCGGGAAUAAGAAGGAUGGGGGGAGAUUUUUCUCAUUUCCGACGUGGAAGCAAAGCCAAGGAGCUGUGAUCUGUGAGCUAACAAAGAGACGCCGAAUGGCCUGGAUAGCAGCCGUGAGACGACCAAACAUCACUUUCAACGCCAUCACCCGACACAUGUUGGUGUGUUCACGGCAUUUUCACACUGGGAGACCUGCUAAUGAAAUGGAUGAAAGCCAUCCAGACUGGGCACCCUCAUUACAUCUCGGACACACGGAGGUGAAAGCUGCAGAUAACGAGAGACUACAGAUAACAUUGCACGAGGAGGAACUUUCUCCAACAAGAGAGGAGAACGAGCGACUACGACAACAACUGGAAGAUGUUUGCAAGACUCAGGUUGUGUUGCACGUUGAAGACACCCAGCAGCUGAUUGGUCAUCAAGAAGAAUGUCCCAUUCAGCAGUUGGGGGGGAGCUCCACUUUGGAGCAGGAGGAGCCACAGUCCCCCUAUGUUAAAGAGGAAGAAGAGGAGCUCGAGCCGAUGCACAUUAAAGAAGAAGAAGAGGAGUCACAGCACCCCUGUGUUAAAGACGAAGAGGAAGAACUCUCGAUAAGUCAGGAGGGAGAGCAUCAUCAAGGGCCAGAUGAGGCUGUUCUCUCCAGGCUGCCACUGACUGGUGUCUCUGUGAAGACCGAAGACCAUGAAGACAAACCACCUGAGUCCUCACAGCUUCAUCAUAGUCCAAGUGAGGAGAAGAGAGAGGCGGAGCCUUCAAGCAGCAGCUCAACACAACACAUGACAACAGAAGCUGAUGGAGACCACUGUGGAGGAUCACAAGCAGACAACCUCUUAGCUCCACUGUCAGAUAGUGACGACAUAACGUCUCACUCUCCUGAAGAUGAAGACAACCAAGAAUCUUUGAGCAGCGAUACAGACUGUGAAGAUGAUAUGACGACUCACGCGGACAAACACUCUGAAUGCUCUAAAAAGGUAAAGGUAAAAGGUAAAAAACGUUUUAACUGCCCGGUUUGUGAUAAAAGAUUGUCUUCUAAGAGUAAUCUGACACGACACAUGAGAACACAUACAGGAGAAAGACCUUUUAGUUGCUCAGACUGCGGUAAAAGUUUUGCUGAAAAGGCAAGUAUGGUAUCACACAUGCUAGCACACGCAGGAGAAAAACCUUUUAGUUGCUUAGACUGUGGCAAAAGCUUCACUCAAAAUAAAGGCCUGCAAAGACACAGGAGAGCGCAUACAGGAGAAAAUCUGUUAAUUUGCUCAGUAUGUGGUAAAAGCUUCACUCAAAAUAGAGCCCUGCAAUUACACAUUAGAACACACACAGGAGAAAAACCUUUUAGUUGCCCAGACUGUGGUAAAGGCUUCACUCAAAAGAGAGACAUGCAAUUGCACAUGAGAACACACACAGGUGAAAAACCUUUCAGUUGCUCAGACUGUGGUAAAAGCUUCACCCGAAAGAAAGGCCUUCAAAGUCACAUGAGAAUGCACACAGGAGAAAGACCUUUUAGUUGCUUACACUGUGGUAAAGGCUUCACUAUAAAGAAAGUGAUGAAAUUUCACAUGAGAACGCACACAGGAGAAAAACCUUUCAGUUGCUCAGACUGUGGCAAAAGUUUUACUCUGAAGACAGCCAUGCAGAGACACAUGAAAAUACAUACAGGAGAAAAACCUUUUAAUUGCUCCAACUGUGGAAAAAGCUUCAUCCAAAAGUCAGAUUUGCAAUUGCAUAUGAGAACACACACAGGAGAAAAACCCUUUAGUUGCUCAGACUGUGGCAAACGCUUCAUUCAAAAGCAACGCAUGCAAUUACACAUGAGAACGCACACAGGAGAAAAACCUUUCAGUUGCUCAAACUGUGGGAAAACCUUCCUUCGAAAGCAACACAUGCAAAGACACAUGAGAACACAUACAGGAUAAAAACAUUUUGCUUUCUCAGCCUGUUUUAGAAGUUUAACUACCAAACUAAAUUUGGUGUCACAUGUGAGAACAGGAGAAAAAAUUUGUUGCUCAAAUUGUGGCAACACAUUUCCUCUGACGUCCUCUUCGAAUAGAUAGAAUAGAUGCAGAGUCACUGCUGGUUUACUGUAUGUUGUAACUGAUGUCUGUAUGCCGUCGUUGCAACUGAUGAAGCCACUUCCUGUUUGUCCAGAUUCGGUCUGGGAAGUCGUGAUUUGAUUCUUUGAGUUCUUAUGAGUCACUCAUUGAAGUGAAUCAGGUACUUAAGUCUCCCAUCACAGAGCCCAUGAAUUGAUUUGACCUUGCUCAAACGACUGCACGUACUAUAAGGAAAUUACUACAUUAUUUUGUUUAUAGUGUUACAUUGUCUUAUGUUGCUGUAUAUUGAGUGUGUUGAUACAAAUAUUUUUUGUGUGCCAGAAAUUUUUGUCAGGUGUUUUAUUCUGAUGACAAACAUGAUCAAUAAAUUAAAGGCUAAAUGAAUCAAUUUGAUUGAAAAAUUAAAUUGAAAGGUUUUGAUAUCAACAUCAACAAUACUGGCUCUGUCUGUACUUGCUGUACUGACUUGGUAUCAGACGGAUACCAGAAGUUCAGUAUGACCCAGCCCGAUCUAUCUCGCUGCCUGUCAGCUCCAAAUUAAAAACUAAGCCCCCCUAAUCUAUUUUGUUUUAUGCUGUAUUUUAUUGUGGACAUUGAAUGCAACACCUAAUAGUUCUUGAUGUGCCUGUCAGUAUCUGAGUAUUGUUUUCCAAUGUGUUUGUUAGAGCAGGGGUAUCCAAACUUUUCCACAGAAGGUCGCAUACAGAAAAUCAAAGGAUAGGAGGGGCCACUUUGAUAUUUGUAUAUAUUCAAAAAAUUAUAAAAAGGUUUUUAAAAAAUGUGUACAUGUAUUUAAAGCUAAAACUUUGUGCUAUUUUUUUUUUUUGCUCUUUUUUUCCCCCAUUUUUGCCUUUUUUUGUGUUUAAUUUUAUUUCUACAACAUGCCACAGGCCAGUAAUGAACGAAUCACGGCCGCACUUUGGACACCUCUGUGGUAGAGCCUAAUUUGCAUCAUGUCUGUGUUUUGUUUUUCACUACUUGUGUUGGUCAGUAGGGGACACUAUGUUUACACGCUUAAUUGUUUGGGGGUGGAAGUAACAGUCUACCCCUUGGGCUGGAUUCUGUUUUCUGGAUUCUGUAGAUUUUAACAACUUUGAGCGCUUAAACUGUAAUCUAUGACGUUUUAAUGCAUUGUCAAAUAAAUCUGUAAGUGUGAUUUUAACUCAAGUAUACGUCUGGAGGUCUGUGAUUGACUUUACUGCUUCCCAAUAAGUAGGGGUAUCACAAGAUCUCGCAAGAUUAAAACUGGCAGGACUUCUUGUUCAGAAAAAAAAUGUCUGGUGGGCACUAGGCCUGGGGCGUUAAUACACAAAUUAAUUAAUCACACAAUAAAUGAAAAUUUGUGAUUAUUUUGCUGACCUCAGUAUAUUGCCAUGUGCACAGGGUUCUGAACAAAACAAACCCACGAAAAGCAGCAGGCCCAGACAACAUCUCAGGACGUGCACUUCGGGUUUGCUCAUCAGAGCUAGCUGAUGCGCUUGCUGACAUAUUUAACCUGUCGCUUGCACAAGCAUCUGUACCGACCUGCUUUAAGUCCACCACCAUAGUGCCCGUACCCAAGAAGAGCAACGUGACCUGCUUGAAUGGCUAUCGUCCUAUAGCACCUAUAGGUGGAGAGGGUGAAAACCUUCAAGUUCCUUGGCACACACAUCAGCGAGGACCUCACCUUGUAUUGGUGGGAGAAUGAACAGAAUAAGAUUUUCAUUGCAUAGUAUAACUGCCUGUUUUACUAUGCACAUGACAAUAAAACU